GAGAUCUAUUCUGUAACACUUGGAAGAGUUUCCCUCUGCCUCUCUCCUGCUUUUGGAGGCUGAGCUGUCAGCAGGCAGGAGCCCUGAGGCGUGGGCAGGACUGGAAGCAGAUGGAUCCCAGCAGCAGCAGCUGCAUGCGCAGCCCACAGCCUCCCACCCUGCUCUGGGGCUGUGUGAGGAGCUCCCACACCGACCUGAGCACAGCUCCAGGGCUCAGCCACUACCCAGCAGCACCAUUCUCCUUCCAGCAAAAAGCAGAUUUUGCUGCUUACUCUGAUUUCUCAGCCUCCUGCCUGGUGCCAGCUCCCCACAGCUUCCCGCAGGAGCAGCACCCCUCAUUCCAGCACCCUGAGUGGCACCUGGCAGCACCUGAGGCCACCAGAGGAGCAAAUCCGGGGCUGGCCUUGGCUUCUGGAGAGUCCGAGGGCAGCAGCUCCAGCCUAGUGAGUGUGGCUGUGGAUGAAGAUGAUGAGGCACCGGCAAAUCCUACAAGUGACCCCGAGAAAAAGCCAUCCAGAAGGAAAAAGGAAAGCUCAGAGAACCACAACUCGAGCAAUAAGGCAGAAAGCAGCAGCAAAUCACGGAAGGAAAGGACAGCUUUCACCAAGGAGCAGCUGAGGGAGCUGGAAGCUGAAUUUGCCCACCACAACUACUUGACGAGGCUCAGGAGAUACGAGAUAGCUGUGAACCUGGAUCUCACCGAAAGACAAGUCAAAGUAUGGUUUCAAAACAGAAGAAUGAAGUGGAAACGUGUUAAAGGUGGGCAAGCAGUGCCCCCACACGAACAUGACACAGAGGAUGUGGACUCUGCUGCCUCCCCCAGCUCUGAGUAACCCCUGCAGCAAUGGGAGAGGAGUUUGGAGAAAUUCACUGAUUGGAAUGUGGUUAUGUGGAACUGAUUAUAAUCAGCUACACAAUGAGACCAUAGUCUUUAAAAGGUGGUGAUGCUUGAGGUUACAGAGGCAAUUAAAGAGCACAGGGGGAAAAAAGCAAAAGAACAGCAUGGCUUUGAUUUUUGUCUCUCAAACUGUCUUACUAUCACAGAUGUGUCUACAGAACAAAAAAAAACAGCAAGCACUGAAUAUAAAACAGGAGUAAUGUUAUAGAGACUCUCAAACAUGCAGAAAAUCCAGAUUGUUAGUCAGCAUAUGCAGCUCUGUCCUCAUCCAGGCUUCCCCUGGUCACACCCGUUCAGUCUGCCUUUGGACUUGACAAUGCACGUUUUCCUUGUGCCUUACUUGGAGAGAAAUAAAUGCUUUGAUAGUCACUGAUUUUUCUUGCAAAAUGAGUUGGACACCUGUAUGAAUAGACUGUAAGAUUACAAAAUAAAAUGUGAGACUAAAAAUAGA